AUGACUCUCUGCGGAUACUUACCAUAUUCCGGACCUCUGAUGGUUGUGGAACACGAAAUAUCACUCAAAUUCACGACCAGUCCUUCAUGCUCUCCUCACGACUCAGAAGUUUACGACAACAUUCGAACACCGCGCGUGCCCGCUAGCGGCAUCCCUAUCGAGAUCGUGCUGACCAUUUUGGAGGCCGCGUACUUCGACGAUAGAGGUGGUCCUGACAUCGACCUCUUAAGCAAGUGCACACUUGUAUGCAGAGCAUGGUCGCUGAGUGCUCAAAAACUCUUGUUUCGACGAGUUCGCCUCGGCUCGCAUUCGGCGUUUACUUCAUUUACUCACGCUGUCAACCGCAAUUCCCCGCGCGGGAGAAUACUGGGUGACGCCGUCGUUCAAAUCCGUGCGGUCCUUGAUUAUAACCAGCCUGGUUGCCUCAACCAAUCAUCACUCGCUAUUGCAGUGGCUAAUUGCCCUAAUUUGUAUGAGCUUGACCUUGCUCAGUACGGGUCCGUGGCUCCUGGUAAAGAUGUCGUUGGAAGUCCUGCCCAAGAACGCAUGCGGCGUCCCGCCCCGUCUUUUGACGAGCACUCUCUGGCAUUACUUAGCGCUGGCCCGCGCAUCACGGCUUUGAACUUCAGUAAUUGGUCGGAGAACAAUCAAGCUGUUCUCCAACUUCUUGAUGUUUGGCCUUCUUUGAAGUCACUCUCCAUCACUGGAACAUCCCCCGUUCUAUCUCCUGACGUGACGUAUCCACCAUUCCCCUGUGCUCUGGAAGAAUUGCGCUUGAACUGCCAAAGAGAACCUGCCAAGGAAUUUCUUGACUGGCUCUUGCAUCGCUCCGCGGAAGAAAAGAGUUUACGAGUCAUCGACUUGGAACGUCAACCAAGCCCCGAGCUUUUAGACUUCCUCGUCGAGAAGCACGGCGAAACGUUGCAUUCGUUAGCCAUUCCAUCUUUUGCCAUGCAUGAGCAUGCACAUGCUGCGAUGCGAUGCCGUUCUCUUCGUGAGCUUCGCACUGAAAGCUCAUGGUCUUCUCCUGUCAUUUGUCGUCAAAUGCCAGAGACUAUACAACACUUAGCAUUCGGGCUGGACCUGGAGACCCCUCUCAAUCCUAUUAUUGAUCUCAUCAAGACUCGCGACGACCUGCAAGCUGUCACAGUCAACCUUUGGGGCGACGGCCACCGUCAUCCGCAGUUCGCAUCUCUUCAGAUGGCGUGUGCGUACCGCGGUGUUGACCUCCGUCUAACGCGGGACGUGCGAAGGAUGCGCUUGUUAGUAGUGAGCAUACAGCCUUCUUUCCUGCUGUAA